GCGAGAUCGGACCUCUCGUCCCUGACAGGCGGGCGUACUUUCAGGGGGUUAUGGGAGCGAUCUGGCGUCCGGGAUGGAGGCUUGUUGCUUUUUGUGGAUGGAGCCACCCUGGGUCCCCGACUGGGGCUGCGGGGAGGGUAGAGCCGUUCUUUAGCCUGGGGUGGAGUGGAACUGGAGGGGCUGAAAGAGGGCUGAGGCGGCUGUGGACAUGGGAACGCCGGAGACCGGCCCGGGACCCAGCCGCGCAGUGGCGGCGGCGACCAAAGAGCACAAACCCUUUCACACGAGCGCAGGAGGAGGACUGGAGGCGGCGGAACAAGACGGUGCUCACCUACGUGACCGCGGCCGCCGUGGGCAUGCUGGGGGCCUCUUACGCCGCUGUGCCCCUUUAUCGGCUCUAUUGCCAGACUACUGGACUUGGAGGAUCAGCAGUAGCAGGUCAUUCAUCAGACCAAAUUGAAAACAUGGUGCCUGUCAAGGAUCGAAUCAUUAAGGUUACCUUUAAUGCAGAUGUGCAUGCAAGUCUCCAGUGGAACUUUAGACCUCAGCAAACAGAAAUAUAUGUAGUACCAGGAGAGACUGCACUGGCAUUUUAUAAAGCUAAGAAUCCUACUGACAAACCAAUAAUUGGAAUUUCUACAUACAAUGUUGUACCAUUUGAAGCUGGACAGUAUUUCAAUAAAAUACAGUGCUUCUGUUUUGAAGAACAAAGGCUUAACCCCCAAGAGGAAGUAGAUAUGCCAGUAUUUUUUUACAUUGAUCCUGAAUUUGCUGAAGAUCCAAGAAUGGUGAAUGUUGAUCUUAUCACUCUUUCUUAUACCUUUUUUGAAGCAAAGGAAGGGCACAAGUUGCCAGUUCCAGGCUAUAAUUGAAGUAGCAACCAAGUCCUACUUCAGAUUUAUGAUUUUUGAGAAAUCAUGUAUCCUGCCUUCUCAGAAGAGAAAUAUUCUGUAAUGAGAUGAAGUGAAGCCUUCUAUUUUGAGCAUUUUUUUCUUGCUAACUAAUUUAUGACACUUAAAAAUAAAAGAACAGUUUCAGCUUUUUACCAUAAGAAACCCACAUGUUUAUAUAGACUGUAUGACUGUUCACUACCAUAUUUAAGAAUGUGAUAAUAUGAAGAGAAACUGCUUUGUUUCUUACAUGUGCAGGCAUGAACUUGAUCAUUGUUCAGCUUAAUUCUAUAGUUGCUUUUCAAAUUAUUGGCCCUUCAUACACACACACACACGCCCACACGCGCACAGUUAUCUGUAUCAGGCUAUAGAACAGAAUGUUGGAGCAUGUUUAUUUAUCUCCAAAACAGCUAUUUUCCUUCAGUGUGAAUGGCCAUUAUUUAAAAAAAUUCAAAGGUGAAAGAGAAGUCACUAAGCCCUAAGACGGCUCAAAGAUUAUAUUCUUAUUUCAAAUUUGACUUUAGUUUCCCUUUAAGGCCUAGGGCUAUUUUACAUUUGAAUAUUGAAUUACUUUGAAAUUGUGACACUAUGAAAUUGAAAUAAAACGUAAUAUAAUGUAAUAAUAAUGUAAUAUAUCUAAUUAGACUGCUUGCAUUUACUUUCUUAGUUCCAAGCCCCUGAAUGUUAAAAGGGAAGGAUGGGAUUAUGAAGAUUACUGACAUAGAAGUUCUGGGAUCAAAACUGUAUAAAAAAAUAAUAAUAAUAAAUUAUUUUAAGUUA